CUUGGACUAUGGGCUGGCUGGUGUGCAAGACGAUCCCCUAUAUGCAGGGUGUCUCGGUGAAUGCCUCGAUCAACACUUUGGUCGCAAUUUCGUUUGAACGAUGGCUGGCCAUCUGCUAUCCGAUGCGCUGGCAGAUGACGUCACGUGUCUGCAAGCUUGUAAUUCUGCUGAUCUGGCUUUUCUCUCUCACCAUAACUCUCCCAUGGGCGCUUUUCUUUCAACUUAGGCCUAUGGGCGAUGGAAGCAGUAUGCAGACAUGCCUGGAGACUUGGCCUACCCCCUACAGCGAGAACGUCUACUUUGUCCUGGCCAACCUAGUAAUGUGCUACCUCCUACCUCUAGCACUCAUCUCCAUCUGCUAUUUCCGUAUUUGGCGCCGGGUAUGCUGCCGAAAAAUGCCCGGCGAGGUCCAAAUGUACCAGGAGCUCAUAAUCCACCGCUCCAAGGUCAAGGUCAUCAAAAUGCUUUUUAUAGUAAUCGUGCUAUUUGCCUGCUCCUGGUUGCCCCUCUACGUCAUUUUCACGCGGCUGAAACUAGGGGGAGACCUCCAGCCCUGGGAGGAACCCUUGGUUUACAAUCUACUACCCCUAGCACAGUGGCUGGGUGCAUCCAACUCCUGUAUCAACCCCGUACUGUACGCGUUUUUCAACAAAAAAUUCCGCGCCGGCUUCAAAGCGAUCCUUUCCUCCAAAUCAUGUUUCACAACUCUCCGCUACGACACAUACAGUUUCGACGGACGGAAUCUGAGUAGCAACUAUGGAAACCGUAACGACACCGUUAAACGGCCGUUAACUAGAAUGACAAUAUCGUCCAGCGCCGCUCUGAGAACUGGACGUAUUGGAGGAUCAGAAGGAUCUCUAGUGAGAACGAGGACUUUGUCCUUCAAAGCCAUGAAUCAGGUCAAUAAUAACAGCUCGGAAGGUCCUUUUUAUACGGAGAAGGUUAACGGGUUGACGCUGAGUGAUAUGACGUUAUCGGCCAAUGCUACCUUUGUAUGAAGCAGUUGACGAGGAUUCUUGGUUUGAGUUGGUACAAGUUGGUACACGGCACUACAUUCAUGUUAUAACUGACAGGUGCAGUUCUUGUUGUUGUAUCAAUAUUGAAAAUAGAAAAAUCUUGGAAUGGCUUUUUCGACUGAUGCUACCUUUGUAGGAAGAAUUGGUGGAGAAUCGUUGGUUUGAGAACUAUCAAACAUUGUUGUUACGGUGUAAUAAUAGCUAAGAAGUGGAGUACUAUAGUGAGGUCCACGUUAUAAUGGCAGUAUUGCUAUCCUUGUCUAUCAUACAACAAAGCGGAUAGCACUAUCUCUUCCUCGCUUUGCUCUGUUGCCAGAUCGUCUGUUAACAAUAUAGAGUUCAUUCUUAACUAACAAAAUACUUCAUCUUAAUUAUGAAAUUAUUGAAACAUAUGAUUCCCUGCUUGAGAAGAUAAUAUAGAUUAUUCUAAACAAGAAUGAACAGUUAAUAUUACAUCAAUAAACCUGUAUCAGCUACCGUCUAUAGAAGGCAUUGACAAGACAGAGGAUCGGCAACGUUUUUCUCCUAUCUUUCUCCACCGCCAUUAUAGCGUGGACCUCACUAUAGUAGUUUUAAAUUAUAUCUGAAUCAAGAGCAAGAUAACAUUGAAUCAUAAUUGAUGUAUAAAUAGGAGGAAACCAUUCAUUAAUAAUAUAAAAUCAUCUUAUAAAUUGCUUGCAAAGAUUAUACUGUUUACUAUCAACCGAAUUUCACUCUAAUUUGUCAGAUUUGGUUGAAUGGAAAGUAUCAAUGAAUAGAUAAGGGUUUCUGACAGUUAAAGUGUAUCUCACUAAACAGUAUAGAUGGACCUAUAGCUGUAUUUUCAUAACGAGGCUAUCAAAAUUGUAGUAAAUUAGCAUGUUAUUAAUAAAUAAUGUGAGAAUAUUUAAAUCUGUUACUAAAAUUACUAUGACUUAGGCCCGGUUGUACAAAAGCCGGUUGAAUUUUAACCGGUUAAUUUUACGAGAACCAAUCUGAGAAGGCCUUUUGUAAAGACGGCUUCUGUGAUUGGUUCUCGUGAAAUUAAUCACUGUUAAAAUUUAACCGACUUUUGUGCAACCGGCACUGAGUGUGACUAAGCUGAUAAGGCUUUACACUGAAUCAUUUCCGCCCUAAGCUUGUCAAGUGUAAGUACCACUUGGCAUUUAAAAAGUAGCUUGAAAAUAAAUUUUGAAGAUAUUCAUUUCCACUGUAUCUGUCGAAAAAUGUAUUUGUUCAUAGCUCUUCAAUACGGUCCUAUAUACUGCUAAGCAGAAAAAGAGUAACAAUGGCUGCUAUUGAAGUAUUCUCACAUUGGCGGACUGGGAAUGAAAGAAUGAUUGAUUGAGUGCUCUAUGCAGAUUACAAUGAAUAAUAGCUUACAAUACAGUUUUAGAUGAAUAUACAUAAUAUAAACUGAAAUAAUAAUAAUUGAACUGUACACGAUAAGAAAAAAUAAUGCAAUUCAAAAUUCCUUCAAGAUUAUAUUGUUUUGUGUCUACUUAAAUUGGCAGAGCUUUGAACUCAUCAAUGUCCAUUCUUUGGAAGAAUAUUCAAAAUAUGCUACUCAGCUAAUACUCUAUCAAAACGUUAAUUUGAUUUAUUCAACUGAGCAUUUAUUUAGAAAUGAAAAAUGUACAGGGAGAGAGAGAGAGAGAGAGAAAUAUAAGAAAAUAUAAAGAAAGAGAGACAGAGGAAGAAAGAAUUUUAUUUUUCAAUACAAAUAAAAUCAAUAAUGAUGUUGAAUAUAUUACUACAGUUUAAACAAUAAUAAAGAAUGCCACCCAUCAGAAAACUGUGGGGAAUUGAUCAUAUUACAAAUAAACAUAAGUCAUUAUUAUACUAGUAAGAAACAGUAAAUUUUAAUUUCAUGAAAAUAUAAAUUUAUUUUAAUUUAUAAAAAUAUCAACCAUGAUAUUCUAAAUGAAACAGUGCAAGAAUCCAUGGUUGUUCUGUCCAGAGCAUAAAUUUAUUGGAAGUCAAUGUGACUGUCUUGAACCCUAUUGAUAACGUUUUUAAUAUUCAAAUCUCUCUACGACAAAACGCUUGGUAUUUAAUCACAAAUAAAUAUUUCAAUAAACAAUAUUUCCGUCUGAAAAGAACAGUUACUCGGAGUCCCAAUUGAGUUUAACCGCCGUAGAAUGAUUUCAUUAAAUUGCUGUUGAAUUCAUUCAUUGGUGGCUUACAGUAGAUGACAGCAUUCUACAGCGGUUAAAUGUGAUUGGUAGCCGCACAACUGAACGUUAUACUUCUAUAAUAAAUGAUAUUGUUACUAACUAGAACAUACUUAUUAUGAUAUAUGAUAUCGUUGACAGUUAUUAAACUGUUGAACCAUCGUUAAAUUUGUAAUGUUGUACAAAACUAUAGUUUUACAUACGUAGGUUAACAUAACAUACUCUCUAUAAGUAUAGUAGAAAAUUAUCGUUUUUGUAUGAAAGCUGUUGUAGUAUGUAGAUGAAAUUGAUCAUAGAAAUCAUAAUUACUUGAAUAUUGUAAAAUGAUAUGAUUGUUUAACACAUCGAAAACUGUAUUAUCAACCCAACAGACAAGUUAUGAGGAAGUGACGAGCGCCUGAAUCUCCCUUUGGAUGGGUGACCGCUUGUCGGUCAGGACCACUAACUCACAGUGGCAUCCUUCCGGUGUCUCGGAGUUCACCUUAACUCAUCUCUCCCGUAAUAACCCACGCACAAGUAGUAGAAAUGCAAGUCAACUCAUGGAAUAAUUAUGUCAAUCAUAUCAUGUAUUCUUUAUAUUUAUUAUUUUUGUUCAAUGUAUUUAUUCAGGGCUACACAUUUUUAUUAUUUUUUGUUGAAAAGUUUAUCUUAAUAGUCGAACAUAUGUGAUACCGUUGGAAUUUUAACUGGAAGAAUUUCAUUCAUUUAUACCUACGAUAUAAAAAUUUAUUGUGACUAUUGUAUAAUAUAGAACUAGUAUGCCUAAUUGUACAAAUUUGAUGUAUAACUUUUCUAUGAUAACGUUGUAUCGCUCAUUGAAAAAUAUAUGUGGAAUACUUGUG